GGCGGCAGUCUCCGCCCCCCCCGAGGUGGACGUGAAGACGAGCACUGUGGGCUGUGGGCUGACAUACAGGAAGAAGUUGAAGAAGUCCUCCAACAGAAGAGAAAAGAAAACACCCAAGCAGCGCGUUUUGUCCUCGCACAUCGACCGCGGCGCGUGCUCUUCGCUCCCUCCGCAGUCUCUCCUCCUCUUCGUCGUCGUCGUCGUCGACUUGCAGAGACGCACAAGUGGAAGCGGAAUGGAGCUGGAGGCGCCGUGACGCGUGGAUUACUUCAGCCCGAGCAGAAGAGAGAAGGGACAGGCGUUUCACCCAAAUGGGCAACCGGGACACGUGCUGAACGUCGGCCCCCUCGAGUUCCACACACCCCGAAAACAUGUCGGAGCACCGGUCCAGCUUUCUCCACAUCGGAGACAUCGUGUCUCUUUACGCGGAAGGCUCGGUGAAUGGCUUCAUCAGUACUUUGGGGCGGCGAUUUUCACUCCAUGUGAAAACCACAGAAAGUUGGAUGUCAUUUUAGCCCAUUGUCUCAAUACAUCCCAGUACAAACGUCACAGACUGAGGAGGCCUGCCCCUGCUGGUCCGGGGAAGCAGAGAUCAAAGCAGCGUUAAUGAGCUCCAUCCAGAACCGUUCAGAGCAUCGGUGCAGAUAUUGAGGAUAGAAAAUGAUGAGCGGAGCUCUUUCGUGUGUUGCCAGCUCAGUUUUUCAUCCUGCAGGUUGGCCAGUCAAACUGUCACUCAGCCUUGUCGAUGACAGGUGUGUGGUCCAGCCCGAUGCUGGAGACCUGGCAAACCCACCCAAAAAGUUCAGAGAUUGCCUCUUCAAGGUGUGUCCCAUGAACAGAUAUUCGGCCCAGAAGCAGUUCUGGAAGGCGAAACAAGGGAAACAAGGAAACAGCAACACCCAGGGAGACCUGUUCAAGAAGUUACAGCAUGCGGCCGAACUGGAGCAGAAGCAGAACGAGUCGGAGAACAAGAAGCUGCUCGGAGAGGUUGUCAAAUACAGUAAUGUCAUCCAGCUCCUGCACAUUAAGAGUAACAAGUACCUGACGGUAAACAAGCGCCUCCCCGCUCUGCUGGAGAAGAACGCCAUGCGGGUCUCUUUGGACCCUGCUGGGAACGAGGGCUCCUGGUUCUACAUUCAGCCCUUCUGGAAGCUCCGCAGUGAAGGAGAUAAUGUGGUGGUUGGAGACAAGGUGGUGCUGAUGCCGGUGAACGCAGGGCAGCCUCUUCACGCCAGCAACAUCGAGCUGCUCGACAACCCUGGCUGCAAAGAGGUUAAUGCCGUCAACUGUAACACCAGCUGGAAGGUCACGUUGUUCAUGAAGUUUAGCGACUACAAGGAAGAUAUUCUCAAAGGGGGAGACGUGGUGAGGCUGUUUCAUGCGGAGCAGGAGAAGUUUCUCACCUGUGACGAGUACAAGAAGCAGCAGCAUGUCUUUCUCAGGACCACACUGAGGCAGUCUGCCACCUCCGCCACCAGCUCCAAGGCUCUCUGGGAGGUCGAGGUCGUGCACUAUGACCCCUGUAGAGGCGGAGCCGGUCAAUGGAACAGUCUCUUCCGCUUUAAACACCUUGCAACUGGAAAUUACCUCGCAGCUGAGGUGAACCCUGAAUUCAAAGAGAACACGGUGGAGUCCAAAGGGGAGAAUGACACUGACACUGUGUUCUCCAAGAGAAAGCAUCAAGCAGCAGAGAAGAUUGCUUUCACCCUGGUGUCUGUUCCCCACGGGAGUGACAUCGCCUCUCUGUUUGAGCUGGAUGCCACCACUCUGCAGCGGGCCGACUGUCUCGUGCCCAGAAACUCGUAUGUGAGGCUUAGGCACCUGUGCACCAACACCUGGGUGACCAGCACCAACGUCCCCAUCGAUGCAGAGGAGGAGCGACAGGUCAUGCUAAAGAUUGGCACCUGUCCCACUAAAGAGGACAAAGAGGCUUUUGCCAUCGUAUCUGUUCCCCUCUCGGAGGUCAGGGACUUGGACUUCGCCAACGAUGCCAGCAAGGUUUUGGAGUCCACCGUGAAAAAGCUUCAGUUCGCCAACAUUGCUCAGAAUGAGAGGAGGUUUGUGACUAAGCUCCUGGAGGACCUGGUUUUCUUUGUGUGUGUGGUACCAAACAAUGGCCAGGAUGUUUUAUCUGUGGUCACCUCUACACCCAACCGAGAGAGGCAGAAACUCAUGAGGGAACAGAACAUCCUCGCCCAGAUCUUUGGCAUCCUGAAGGCACCAUUCACCGAUCAGGGUGAUGGUCCCAUGCUGAGGUUGGAGGAUUUGGGAGACCAGCGUUAUGCUCACUUCAAGUACAUGUUGAGACUCUGCUACAGGGUGAUACGGCAUUCCCAACAGGACUAUCGCAAAAACCAGGAAUAUAUAGCCAAAAAGUUCUCAAUCAUGCAGUCUCAGAUUGGGUAUGAGAUCCUGGCUGAGGACACAAUCACUGCCCUGCUGCACAACAACCGCAAGCUGCUGGAAAAACACAUCACAGCCAGAGAGAUCGAGACAUUUGUCAGCCUGCUGAGGCGCAACAGAGAGCCCAGAUUCUUGGAUUAUCUGUCCGAUCUUUGUGUGUCCAACAAGACUGCCAUCCCUGUCACACAGGAGCUUAUCUGUAAAUUUAUGCUGAACCCCACCAAUGCAGAUAUCCUGAUCCAGACAAAACUAAUCUCUAACACAGAGAACACCCUGGAGACCUCUCUGCUGCAGGAGGAGGUAGAGGAGGAGGAGGUUUGGCUCUACUGGAUCGACAGCCAUAAGGAGCCUCACGGCAAAUCCAUCCGCCACCUGGCCCAGGAUGCCAAGGGCAUCCACAAGAUGGAUGUAGACAUCAUCACCUACUACAGAUACCAGCUGAACCUGUUUGCUAAAAUGUGUCUGGACCGUCAGUAUCUAGCCAUCAACCAGAUCUCCUGUCAGCUACCCGUGGACCUGAUCCUACGCUGCAUGUUCGACGACUGCUUGCCCUACAACCUCAGAGCUUCCUUCUGCCGCCUCAUGCUGCAUAUGCAUGUGGACCGUGACCCGCAGGAAGCUGUGGUCCCCGUACGCUACGCUCGCCUCUGGACCGAGAUCCCCUCCAAGAUCACCAUCCACGAGUUUGAGUAUGAGUCCACUGACACCUCAAGAGAGGAGAUGAAGAGGAAGUUUGCUCCCACAAUGGAGUUUGUGGAAGAAUACCUCAAAGAUGUGGUCAGCCAGCAUUUUCCAUUUGGGGAUAAAGACAAGAAUGAACUGACACUAGAGGUGGUGAAUCUGGCUCGUCACCUGGUUUACUUUGGCUUCUACAGCUUUAGUGAGCUGCUGCGUCUAACACGCACCCUGCUGGCCAUCCUGGAUAUUAUCCAGCACACACUCACCUUCAUGAACAAGCUCAACAAGAGCCCAGAGGCGGGCAAUAAUGUCCUUCGAACGAUCCACGGCGUCGGAGAGAUGAUGACUCAGAUGGUAUUGAGUCGAGGUGUGCCGCACAGCCUCCCUGAAACGCCCCCCUCUCUGCGCUACAGUAAAGGGCACUUCCUGCCGGACAAUGAGGACGUCAUGGUGAUGGACACCAAGCUAAAGAUCAUAGAGAUCCUGCAAUUCAUACUGAGCGUGAGGUUAGAUUACAGGAUCACGUACCUAUUGUCAAUCUACAAGAAAGAGUUUGGGGAUAAGACCAUACCUGAAAGCUCCGUCUCAUUGGCUGAAAUGCCUCUAAUGACACCUUCUGAGCCAGACAUAGAUGAGAUUGCAACCAAAGCUGAGAGCAUGUUUGCAGGCAGCUCAGAGUUGGGUGCAGUGGAGCUUGACGAUGAGGGAGGCCGGACGUUUUUGAGGGUUCUGAUCCAUCUCAUCAUGCAAGACUACCCUCCACUGGUGUCUGGCUCGCUACAACUCAUCUUCAAACACUUCAGCCAGAGAGCUGAGGUGCUGCAGGCCUUCAAACAGGUCCAGCUGCUGGUGUCUGAGCAGGAUGUGGAGAACUACAAGCAGAUCAAGACGGACCUGGAUCAGCUGCGUCUGACUGUUGAGAAGUCGGAGCUGUGGGUGGAGAAGAGUGGAGUCUAUAGCAGUGAAGACCUGGUGGUCCGACCGGGCAAGGAAGAGAACACCGAGGAGGUUGUUCUGAGCCCAGUACAGGAUGGUGAUAAUAAACCUCAGAUUGACAGUAACAAGGGAAACAACUACAACAUUGUCAAAGAGAUACUGCUGCGACUCAGUAAGCUGUGUUUUCCCAGUAAGAAGAGUCGUGUGCAGCAGCAGAGGCUGCUGAAGAACAUGGGCGCCCAUACUGUGGUGCUGGACCUGCUGCAGAUCCCCUAUGAGAAGAUUGAUGAGAAGAUGAAUGAGAUCAUGACCCUGGCACAUACGUUUCUGCAGAAUUUCUGCAGAGCGAAUCCUCAGAACCAAGCUCUGCUACAUAAACACCUCAACCUUUUCCUCACACCAGGGUUGCUGGAAGCUGAGACAAUGCGUCACAUCUUUAUGAACAACUUCCAACUGUGCAAUGAAAUAAGUGAGCGUGUGGUGCAUCACUUUGUCCACUGCAUCGAAACACACGGAAGACACGUUCAGUACCUCAGGUUCUUGCAGACCAUUGUGAAAGCUGAUGGGAAGUAUGUGAAGAAAUGUCAGGACAAAGUAAUGACAGAGCUGGUGAACGGAGGCGAGGACGUGCUGGUGUUCUACAACGACCGCUCCUCGUUCUCAGUGUUGUUGCAGAUGAUGGGUUCUGAGCGCGAGCGGACGGAUGAAGACGGAGCUCUGGCCUAUCACAACACGCUCGUGGAGCUGCUGGCUGCCUGCACCGAGGGCAAGAACGUCUACACAGAACUGAAAUGCAACUCUCUGCUACCGCUGGAUGACAUCGUUAAAGUUGUCAAUGACGUCAACUGUAUACCAGAGGUGAAAACUGCCUAUGUGAACUUUGUGAAUCACUGCUAUGUGGACACUGAGGUGGAAAUGAAGGAGAUCUACACCUCCAGCCAUAUCUGGAAACUAUUUGACAACUUCCUGGUGGACAUGUCCAGUGUAUGCAACACGACCACGGACCGUAACCAUGCCGAUCUGGCCCUGGAGAAGUAUGUGACGGAGACAGUGAUGGCCAUCGUUAAGGGCUUCUUCAGUUCACCCUUCUCAGUCAACCACUCCAACCUUCAGACAAACCAGUCUAUCUUCAUCAAGCUGCUCCAGUCGUCUUUCAGGAUCUACAACUGCACCUGGAUCAACUCGGCUCAGAAGGGGAACAUCGAGAGCUGUAUCAAAACACUGGCCGAUGUGGCUAAAGCACGGGCCAUAGCCAUCCCGGUGGACCUGGACAGUCAGGUCAACACUUUGUCUCUCAAGGUCCACAGCAACAUGGUGCAGCGGGCAGCCAAGGACUGGAGGACCUCUGCCCGCACGCGACCACGCAAGGAGCCGCUGGGCACCCCUGAUUACAAGAACAUCAUCGAGAAGCUGCAGGUGGUUGUGUCCUGUCUGGAGGAGCAGUUCAGCCCAAAGGUUCAGGCAGAGUUUUCUGUGCUGGUGGAUGUUCUCCACAGCCCUGAGCUGCUGUUUCCAGAGGCUGCUCGGUUACGCUGCGAGAGCGGAGCUUUCAUGUCCAAGCUGAUCAAACACACCAAGAAGCUCAUGGACAAAGAGGAAAAGCUGUGCAUCAAGAUCCUGCAGACACUCAGAGAGAUGCUGGACAAGAAGGAGUGCUUUCAGGAGGCUGGAAACGAGUUAAGGAAGAUUCUCCUCACACGAUACUUUGGAAAUCAAAAGCUUCACGCCAAGUCGGAGCUUGGGAUCGGAAACAGCUCUUCUGGCGGCUUUGUCAAGCCGUCAUCCGGAGGCGGUUCUCCCAUGCUGGACUCUGACAAGCCAGGCAGCAAUAUUGUGGAGAUCCAGUGUCUCUUGGACAACGUGGGGGCAUCAGAGCUGGUGAUUGACCUCAUCGUCAACACUAAGAAUGACCGGGUGUUCGAAGAGAGCAUCCUGCUUGGCAUUGCCCUUCUCCAGGGUGGAAACACACAGAUACAGAACUCCUUCUACGCCCAACUGUACAAGCAGAAGAAGUCUGAGCGGUUCUUCAAGGUUUUCUACGAUCGCAUGCGUCUGGCCCAGCAAGAGAUCCGAGCCACCGUGUCCGUCAACAUGUUUGAGCUCAGCUCCAGAAAAAGGGACGAUGACACUGACAUCAGUGGAAUCAGGAUCAAAAAAGGGAAAGACUCAAGCCUUCAUAUGAGGGAGGACAUGCGGGGACAGCUGAAGGAGGCUUCCUCGGUGACCUCAAAGGCCUUCUGUGCCUUCAGAAAGGAGCUGGAUCCCGACCUCGAGAGCCUUGGCCAAAACAGUGAGAUGGUCGGGGCCGAGGAGCCUUUAGAAGAGACUCAGAUGAGCCCUGCCAUCACCAUUAUGAAACCCAUCCUACGUUACCUGCAGCUUCUCUGUGAGAACCACAAUUCCGGCCUGCAGAACUUUCUGCGUAACCAGAACAACAAGACUAACUACAAUCUGGUGUGUGAAACUCUUCAGUUCCUGGAUUGUAUUUGUGGAAGCACCACAGGGGGUCUCGGCCUGCUGGGUCUUUAUAUAAAUGAGAGUAAUGUGGAUCUGGUUCGCCAAACCCUGGAGACCAUCACGGAGUACUGCCAGGGACCCUGCCAUGAAAACCAGACCUGUAUAGCCAAGCAUGAGUCAAAUGGCAUUGACAUCAUUAUUGCGCUGAUCGUCAACUCCAUCAAUCCCCUGGGUAAGCAUCGCCUGGACCUGGUGCUGGAGCUCAAGAACAAUGCCUCCAAGCUCCUCCUGGCCAUCAUGGAGAGUCGCCAUGACAGUGAGAACUCGGAGAAGAUUCUUUACAAGAUGAGACCCAACGAACUGGUGGAUGUGAUGAAGGAAGCCUACACGCAGGGUCUGGAGAGUGAGGAGGACGGGGACAGUGUUGGAGACCAGAUCAAGCCCAGAGACGUCGGUCACAACAUUUACAUCCUGGCCCACCAGCUUGCCAGGCACAGCAAGAUCUUGCAGCAAAGCCUUAGACCAGGUUCAGGGUGGGCGCAGGCGUCAGGGGUAGACCCCGACAGUGAGAAGGACGAUGCUCUUCAUUACUAUGCCAACCACACAGCUCAGAUAGAGAUUGUGCGCCAUGACCGCAGCAUGGAGCAGAUAGUGUUCCCAGUCCCGAACAUCUGCGAGUACCUUACCGAGGAGUCCAAGAUGCGCGUGUUCACUACCACCGAAAGAGACGACCAGGGCAGCAAGGUUAACGACUUCUUCCAACAGUUUGACAACCUCUACAAUGAGAUGAGGUGGCAGAAGAAGAUUCGCAAAAAUAAAGCUCUGUUUUGGUUCUCACGCCAAAUCUCUCUCUGGGGGAGCAUCUCCUUCUACCUGGCCUGCUUGCUCAACAUCGCUGUGGCGGUAUUCUACCCAUUUGGGGAUGACGGAGAUGAAGGCACAUUGUCCUCAUUUUGGAACAUCUCACUAUGGGUGGCUCUGGGGGUGUUCACUGCGUUACUUCCUGUCUUACCCAAGCCCUGGGGCAUCCUGUUCUUCCUGGUCUCCCUCAUUCUACGUGCCAUCUACACAAUGGGCCUCGGACCUGCUCUGUUGUUGCUGGGUGCUGUCAAUCUGUUCAACAAGCUAGUGUUUCUUGUUAGUUUUGUUGGCAACCAGGGGACGUUCACUCGAGGCUACAAAGCAGUUGUUAUGGACAUGCUCUUCAUUUACCAUUUGAGCUACGCUAUCAUCUGCGUCCUGGGCCUCUUUGUGCACGAGUUCUUCUACAGCUUUUUGCUAUUUGACCUGGUUAUCCGGGAGGAGACGCUGCUCAAUGUGAUAAAAAGUGUAACGAGGAAUGGCCGCUCCAUUAUUCUGACAGCGGUUCUGGCCAUCUUCCUCGUCUACUUCUUCUCCAUCAUCGGCUUCCUGUUUCUCAAGGAUGACUUCCGCAUGGAGGUGGACCGCCUUCCUGCACCAGGAAAAGGGGACUUACUGAGUAACAGUGGAGUUGCUGAAACAUGUAUAAAAGAUAGCUGCCCCCUCUCAACACCCAAAUCUGCUCCUGAUGAUGAUGAUGGGAUAGAGCGGGUGUGCGACACUCUGCUCAUGUGUAUAAUCACAGUGUUAAAUCAGGGACUACGUAAUGGAGGAGGUGUGGGAGACAUUCUGAGGAGACCCUCCAAAGAGGAGCCUCUAUUUGCCGCCCGAGUAGUCUACGACCUUCUGUUCUUCUUCGUCGUCAUCAUCAUCGUCCUCAACCUCAUCUUUGGUGUUAUCAUCGACACCUUUGCUGACUUGAGGAGUGAGAAACAAAGGAAGGAAGAGAUCCUGAAAACCACCUGUUUCAUCUGUGGUUUGGAAAGGGACAAGUUUGACAACAAGACGGUGUCCUUUGAGGAGCACAUCAAAUCUGAGCACAACAUGUGGCACUACCUCUACUUCCUGGUUCUGGUGAGGGUGAAGGAUCCAACCGAGUACACCGGUCCUGAGAGCUACGUGGCUCUGAUGAUCUCGGAGAAGAACUUGGAGUGGUUCCCCCGCAUGAGAGCCAUGUCUCUGGUGAGCAGCGAGGGAGACAACGAGCAGAAUGAGAUGCGCUCGCUGCAGGACAAACUGGACGGCACCGUCACUCUGGUGGCUCAGCUCUCAGGCCAGCUGGCUGAGCUCAAGGAACAGAUGACGGAACAGAGGAAGAACAAGCAGAGGCUCGGAUUCCUGGGUCCUCCUCAGCCCAACCAUCACAUCCCAGCCCACUGAGGAGCUCAGGGUUCACACAGGACAAAGAGACGGGCCUCUAUUUAAGAACAAUGCACAUACACGGUUGUACACCAACAAUUACUGAUGACAGCGAGACACAAAUUCUCACUUCUGUGCCUUUUCUAUGUCCCAAAUGCUGCAUUAACGGAUACAGACUGUGCCUUAUGUGCUCACGCUGCACACGCUCUCGCAUACUGAGGAACUCGUCUCUGUGAAUGAUUGGCCAGGCACAGCACACAUCUGCCAGUGUUGUGUUAGUGCCAGACAGAGAUCGAGGGAAAUGCUACGGUAGGGUUAAUGGUUAAGAUCUGACCUUGUCUCGGCCUCUGUUCCUCAACUGCCUCAGUGUUGACCGAGGUCAGGGAUUGGCUGUGAACAGAGAAGCGGAAAGUCUCUUGCAUCUCUGAUUGGCCCCCGGGGAAGAUGGUGAGCACAGACAUCAAGUAUUUUCACUUUUACCUUUUUAGAUUUCUAUUGGUAUUUAUAAGAAAAUGUGCAGUUAAUAAACUGGAGUAUUAUUUUGGACGCUUUGGAAAAGGAUUCAUGCUGCCUUACUCAUUUACUUUUAUAAACGGUAAAUUGCAAUUACUGAAAGUGCACUAAAAAAAAGGGUAAACAUUCAAGCCUGUAACUGGAAACAUAGUUUGGGGUAAUAUUUGUUGUUUUUAAAAAUGCAUUCACUGCACCAUUUCAGUUGCCUUUUUACAGAUUUACAGAUUUUUUUUAACUAAGAGUAUAAAACUAAAUGUGAAUUUAACAUAAACUUGUCUAUAACUUACUUGAAGUUUCUUUUAAGUCUAAAUCUUAUAUUGGUACAUAAAUACUGACUGAAGAUGGUAAGCGUACAGUUCUUUGUUGGCAAAAUGAACGUCUUUGUGUGUAUUCAGAUGUCAGCUAACCCUGUAAUAUUGACUGUAUCCUCUCGUAUCAUCUUCAUCUGCUACUGUUUCUUCAAGCUUCUUUUUUGUUGUUGUUGUGUAUUUCACCUUUACCAGUCUCUCUCGGACUAAAAUUGAUUGUUAAGUUUGAACUUGUCUUUUAAACUUGCACAAAUGAAUGGCAGACUGCUGCGCUUGAUGCUAACUGUCCUGUGACACUUUCUGUUAUAGCAAAAUGUUGAGGAAAAAUGUAUUUUAUGUGCUCAGAUGUUGUAAUAAAUUUGUAACCAGUCUCA